UGAUGCAGUUGGCAAAAAUGUUGGAAACGACGUUUAGCUCUUAAAGAAGGGCAGAGGCGUGUGUUUGUGAAUGUUCCGGUACGAAUGUGUAAACAGGUGAAACCUGAAAUACUUGUAGAAAUGUUCGUAUUUGUUUUUUCUAGCAUUGCAUGCUACUGUUUUUAGCCGUAGCCUGCUGGCAUGGCGUGAAUUCCGCAAACCCAGAGAGCCAAUGUCAAGAAUGCGUCAAGCUUGCUAACAUAUUUUGAUACUGUUCGCCGGGUAUUUUUUAGCGAUGAACGUUACGCCCACACGUCUGCCUUUUUUCCUGUCGUUUUUCUCUGGACCAUACAGAUAAUAUAGCACUUUAAAGCUGCCUCUCAAUCACUGUUGCAGGUCGGGACGAGCCGAAAUGGACGCCCCAACCCCAUCCCCAUCACCCCAGACACAUUUCUAGCACCAACUUCAGUUCGCCUCAUUCUGGCCCCUGCACAAACACAAGACCCCACAUCGUGGCUUUCUUUUCUAUGACAUACUCAAUUUAUGCCCAGCUAGAUUCGGUCGAAUCGCUUUUGGACGAGCUCCCAUAUAUGUUUUAUCUGGGCCUGUUCUUUGUGAACGUCCUGAUCCUCUACUAUGCCUUUCUGAUGGAGUACAUCGUCCUGAAUGUGGGGAUAGUGUUUCUGCCUGAGGACAUGGACCAGGCGUUGGUGGACCUCGGGGUGCUGUCCGACCCGGCCUCUGCCCCCUACGACACGGACACGGAGCUGGAUGUGUUUGAGGGGUAUCUUGAGUGACGAGGCGGUCCUGGAGAAAGAAGAAAAGGAGAUUUAGGUUGUCUCGGCUCAAGAGAAGACAGCCUGAGGAAGAGAUCCACUACCAAUGGCCAUAUGGUUCGUGAAUGUCCCAUGGGAAGAGCACUCUGCACUGGAUCAGCCAUUCUAAUAGCGACUGACACUGCUUGGACACCAGGGGGGGCUAACACUGGCAUCUGUUCCCCUGAUUUUGGACACAAUGAAAGAUCAAAAGGAAAUACAAUGUGUUGCAGGUGGAGACAGACAGCUGUUCCCUUUGGACAAAAGAUGAAUGUUAUCAGCAGUUUACAGUGUGUUUCCAGUCAUCUGCAUCGCAGCCAGUUCAGAUACAGCAUCCUGCCGCAUGAAGUGAAAAAGAAUGAGACGGAUGUGACACCGAACAUCCAAACUGUGCAAGAUCUGGCAACAGACUGCACAAGGAACUGACUCAAAACUUGCCACUUCAGUCACAGUGUGUAACAUCUCAGCAGAGCAGGCAAAAGUAUUACGUCUGCUGCAAACUUAAUCACUCACAGAACAACUUGUUUUGACCAUUUGUCCUUUUUAAGUUUUCAGAAUGCAAUGCUGCUUAGCAGGCUCACUCAUCCUUGAGGUCUAAUUUAAAAUGUGUCCUUUAAGAUCAUCCAUACAGUAUGUCUGCUUCAGGGCUGUAUGCACUCUCAGGAGCACAGUUAGGAACUCUGGGCACACUGGCAAGACAUAACACUGACACUGGACACAAGCUGUGCAACUAUAAGAUAUAGAAGGGCCCUAAGCUGUUUUGGGCCCUCUUAAAAAUCAGGAACAAUAUCCUACACUUGCCACACUCCUAAGUAUAUAAGUAUAGAGGAAGAGUUAUUUCUUUGAUCCAGUAUGUCAUUUGUUGAUCAAGAUCACAUUAGUAAGUGGGGUCAAAUUACAUUUUCCAACCACAAAGUUAACAGUAAUAGAUUAGUAAUGACAGUUGUGAUGAGAGCUGGCCAAAUGUGUGAGAACCUCAAAACAAGUGCUUCAGAUAUGAAUUUGUUCAUCCUCUGUUGUGUACGUUUUUGUUUUUUUUAUAAUGUUGCAAAUGUAUGCUAGAUACAUGGAUGAAUCUCAGUGCAUGAUAUCGGUUGUUGUGUUUUUAAAUCCAGUUUAGGUGUGAGAUUUCUGUUUUAUUGUACUCCCUCUGUUACUUUUGUUAUGAAUUCAGAAUUCAGUUCAUAAAAUCUGUAUUCUUAGAAGCAAUAAUGAACUGGUUUCAAGAAAUUGGGCAGUUAAAUAAGUAGUUAUACGGAUGAAUCAGGUAAAUGUUUAAUCCAUCUACUAGGGUUGGUUGUGGAUGAGUUGAAGAAAACUGCCCAGUGUCAGUGAUUUUUAUAAAGGGAUAUUCUCUUGAGAUUUAGUGAAUAUUUAAGUGCUGUACAUACUGUAAGAGUAUUUGCAGCCCAGCAAAUUAACUAAACUUUUUUUUUUUUCAUUUUGGAGGCUACAACUCAUUAAGGCAAUACAAAAGAACCAGUAUAAGCAAAUUGUGCGUAAUAAUCAUGGCAAUGUGGUUGUGGUCAGCAACAGAAGCAGUAGAGACGAAAAACAUUUUCAAGAACAUUUGUUCAUUUUCACACUCGAAACAAAUUUUAGUCCAGAAUUUCGUUGCUUGUCAGUGUUUUGAACAUGACUCUACCAGACAACCUUUCACCAAGAUGGCUCUGCUGUAGUCAGUUCAGACUGUUCAGAUGUCAUUUUGAACAACACUUGGCCCACUCAGCUCAAAUGCUGCACCAAACAUAGCCAGAUAAAUUGUCCACAGCCACAUUGUGCAAUGAGAGGACAGGGUUGAAAACAAAAAAAAAAAAUUAAGUGUCAAAUACAUGGAUGACAGUGCAGGUAGGUAGGAGCAGAUUUCCCAGGGCAUUUCAAACCGAUUUUCUCCAAGCGAGAGUUCAACCAGUACGGAUUAGUGAUAGCUGAUACCAUUUUUGGGGGGAUGGAGGGGGGAUUGAGGAUGCCAGUAAGCAAUAUUUUGUGGCGACAUUAUUUGGAUCAGUGUGUCCAUAAGAAUUUUAUUUUUGGCAUAAUAGAAAUUCCUAAGAAUCAGCAUGUAGACCGCAAGACACUAAAGCUCAGGAUACUAAUAUUCAUGAAAUAUAGUAAAACAUGUUUGUAUGGAAUCUGAUAAAAAAAAAAAUCAUAAUAUCAGGUAAGGGCUUCCUGUAGAUGAACAGUGUUGAUGUAUAUUCGACAAAGUAUAUAAUCAAACUGCAUCAUGCUGGAUGUGGAUGACACCAGGAGGCUGACUUUUAACUGGGGGUCAAUGUCAGUGUUGUGAGUUGAGUAAUUCAACUGUAAAAGCUGCUCCCAGUAUUGAGAAAUCCAGUGAAGCAAUUAGACAGGGUGGAUCCUUGUUUUGUAUGAAAACUCUUCAUGAAUCACUGGCGUUAGUUGUAGGUAAAAAGAACGUUUGAUGCCUCACUGCUGGUCAGGUCCUGAUCAGCUCUCUGCUCACAGCGUCUUGGUUCAGUGGAGCGCUUGUGUUAUCCCUCCACAUCUGCUUCCUCGCAGACAUGCACAUGCUAUUAUAAGCUAUGGAGUGUAACAGAGUUUUAUUUUCCAAUGUGUAUUUAAUAAACUUUGAGCGAAUGCCA